AUGAAUCAAGUGCUGGCUCGUUCCUCGGUCUCCGAGAACCCAAGAACCCCCACGCUUCAGCUCCCUCAUCCUUCGCAUCUCGGACCCGCGCCGCCCUCGCGCAAUGGCCAAGUAAUCCUGGACACUUUCUCCCCCGUCAAUGAACAUGGCAGCUUCGCGUUCGAUCGCGUCCUGAAGACUGGGAAAGUAUUCCGCCGUGUCAAACACAAACAUGUCUUCCGUGCCUCCUGGAAAUCUGCCUAUCUCGUCCUCCGCCCGAACCUCCUCUCCGUCUACAAGGAUGAAGAGACCACUCGGCUCCGCGUCUCAAUCACUCUCUCCGAGGUGACGGCCGUCGCAACAGUCAAAACGCCUCGCUCCAACCGCAAGCACGUCUUCGGAAUCUUCACCCCGUCCAAAAACUACCGAUUCGAAGCCCCCUCCGAGCGCGAUGCCGAGGACUGGAUCGACCGUAUUCGCGCCGAGACCCCUAGAGACGAGGACGACCAAGCUUUCAUGGCCCUAUCGCACAAGCGAGAACCCCCAACUAUCCAAAGACAAUUCGUCGACGACACGACCGACCAUUCCGACCAGGAUGCAAUUGCCCGUGCCAGUUCUCCCGAACUAGGGCGCGCCUUAUCGCCGGUCGCGGGAUCCAGCUCCAGCCCCUGGGCCGCCGCCCGGAAGCCCCCUAUUCCUAUCACGCAGGAUUACUCAGGGAAUGAAAUAACCUCCUACUCAGAGCUCUCGGAUGGACCACCGCCCACGCGAAGCAGCCGAUUGCGAUCCAUGCCCUCAAUUCACACCCUGUCUAUAUCCGCCCCCGAAGACAAGCUAGUCUCCUCGUCUCUACCGCGAGAUUCGAGCCGGCAGUCGGAUCUAGGCAUUCUGCGGGAUCCGGAACGUGUCGUUUGUCAAGGAUAUCUACAGGGACUGCGAAUAAAGGGUACUGUGCGACAGUGGAAGCGGCUCUGGGUCGUGCUUCGACCCAAAACGCUAGCCUUUUACAAGGAUGAUCAGGAGUAUUCGGCUCUCAAAAUCAUAUCCAUGUCUCAUGUCAUUGAUGCGGCUGAGGUCGAUCCGAUGUCACGAUCAAAGAGAUUCUGCUUGCAGCUCAUCGGCGAGGAAAAGACGUACCGGCUUUGUGCUCCGGACGAGGAAUCGCUCGCGCGUUGGCUCGGCGCGAUGAAGAGUAUCUUUGCUGCGCGCAAGAAGCUCGAAACGGCUCCAGCUGUCGCGGCGUAA